AUGGCUAUUCGCUUAAACUUAGAACCCCUGAAUGGCUGCUGCCCUCCUGAUAUACCGGGGGAGUAUACCCACCUAGGCAUAAAAUCAAACAGUGUGCUAGAUUACCUUUUAGCCUCGAGUGACCUGAUUUCGAAAGCUCUCUCUUUUAAGAUUGGCAAUAUUCACUAUAGUGAUCACCUUCCACUUGCUGCUACGUUUGACCUAGACUGGCACGGGGACGAGCACGGUCAUCCAACUCAAUUAGAUACUAAUGCAGAAAACCAGGUAGAGGGUAUUAAUACGGCAUUACGAGUGAAGGGUAUAAAGUGGUCUGUAACGCAGGCUCAAAAAUAUUCUGAAUUUUUUCAGCAGGAGAUCAUACAAACCUAUUCAGCCCUUGGCAUAACUUCAUAUGAUCACGACCAAACUAUUAAUCUAUUUGCCAAUCUGUUGAAUGACCUCACGUCAUUCUUUUCUGUCCCAACCCACCAGGCAAAUUGGGCCCACCCCAAGACAGGUGCACCGUGGUUUAACCGUAAUUGCAAACAAGCCAAACAACAUCUUUGUGCUAUUUAUAAUGAUUACAAAUCCUCAGGGGCGAUUACGCUUCCCAAGGAGUACUAUCAGGCAAAAUCAGCUUACAAAUAUGUGCAGAAAAAGGCCAAACAGGAAUGGCAAUUGAACCGCUGGCAAGCACUUAUAGCUGCCUCAAGUACUCGUAAUUCCCGAAAAUUCUGGCUGUUGGUUAACAGAAAAUCUAAAAGAUACCCCUUAACAGUUAUUCCUGCCCCAAUUUGGGAAUCCUUUCUAAGGAAUUAUUUUGCCUUACCAGACCUUAAUAUUAAUACAAUCGAUGGAGUCUAUGAGCAGCUCCCUCUUUGGCCACCCACUGACCCGGAAGAAAUCCACGGACUUAUUUCUAAUCUUAAAAUCGGAAAAGCCCCGGUCCUGAUCUAG